AUGCUCAUUGGCCUGGACAUCGGCGAAUUCUACAGCGAGGUCGUGCCAGGAUUUUUCCAGUUCAUUGUGCUGUUCUCCCUGGCGUACGGCGCCGGCGCAAUCCACCUCAUCAGCAGGACCACUAAGGGCGAGCGAUUGGUGGAGGCAUGGGUCAUUCGCUUCGCCCGCGAGUGCGGCCUGGCCCAGAUGAGCACCCCGAGCUCUCAAUGGGAUAUCUCGACCCAUGUGCACGUGUGCGCAGAAACAUGGGGCCACCGGGGAAAAGGCCCCAUUGCCAAAGAGUUGGGUCUGACGCACUUCGUGGACAACACGGCGGACUGCAUCUGGAGCGUGCUCUACGAUUCGGCUGGCAACGCGAGCGCCACCAUGCAGGCUGCCGUCCACUUCACGGGGCUCAAUCCCGUCGGGAACGUCUCCCAAUUCUCUCCGUGCUGCUCCGUGCAAUCUUGGCGAGAGCUUGCCGUUAUGCUGGAGUUGCCCUACGUUGACAAGGCAUGGGACAUGCUGGACCCCAUGGGGCCGCCCAAGAUGCGCAGCAUCAACAUGCUGCCAGAUCUACUGAGCCAUCUCAAGCACCAUAUCGUCCAGGAGUUCGGCCACAUCACGUACCACGGGGGCCUCUUGCUCAAUGUUUUACUGGCUCAAGCUGUUUCGGCCUUUGCCGUCUACCUCGUACCUGCGCUGCUGGCUGUUUCGGCCAUGGGCAAGCGCCCGCCGCCUAAGUCUUCUCCGGGCUCCUCCGUGAAGGCUCCCAGACGCCAAUUGAAGGCAAAGACCCCCGAUGCGCAGGUUGAUGCCGCGCAGAAGAGCGCGGAUCAGAAGCUCCAGGAUGACAACAUGUGCGUUAAGGUCUUGGCCCAGGUCCACGACGCCUUGGAGACGAUCAACAAAGACGCCAUCUUCGCGGGCGUGAUGGACAUGGAGCCCCUCAGGAUCGGUGACGGCGGCAUGCAAGCGCCGUUCAGCCAGGAAGAGUUCAACAACGUCCUCAGCACCCCUCCAGAGACCAACUCCACUGAUCACUUCUACCUCUGUGGCGGAAAUUUUCUAUGGCAAAGUUUUACUUGGUUGGUGAACCACAGAGUUCCAAUAAACCAUGGACAAAUUGCCGAACUCCAGCGCUUCAGUUACAAGCACGACGACCCACCCAACAGGCUGGAGUUCAAUGUCGCGGUGUGCGUGGACUCAGCAAACACAGACGUCCUGAGCCACAAGGGCGCGAUGAUGCGACUUUCAUCGCCCGAACCUGUCUUCGCUGUCUUGUUCUCCAUUGCCAAGGCGAUCCAGGAGGGCGUGGACGAAAAGAUCCGCAUGCGCUGGCGGAAGGUCUUACUCACGGCCCCCUUCCAAUUUGAGGUCGUUCCUGAAGGGGAGGAAAGGUUCUGGCGCUCACAGAACCUGAGGCAACGCCUCAUCGAGGCGGGGGUGGUGUCCCACAUGUCAUGCAGGCAGUGGGUGUACGACAUCAUGGGGUUCAAGGCCGCCAAGGAAAGGGAGCUGCAGAAGUCCAUUAGCUCGCUGGUGCUUGCAAAAAUGUACAACGCGAAGAUCACGUUCGCCGGCGCCGCUAACAAGAUCACCAUCAGCGACAGCUUCAUUGACAGCGCUGCGACGGUGUUCGAGCGUGUCUUGUCCCAGGAGACGGCCAGGCACUGGCUGGAGUGGGCAGAGGAAAAAAUGCUCGGCGAAUGCCCCUUCAAGACGAUCGCUGCGCUCCAAGCUCUCGUGGAUCGGGCUCGGAGCCCAGUGUAUAUCUCGUGGGCGGUCUGGGGCAUCACAGAUCUGUGGAGGAUGGAGCUCAUCACGCUCGGGGAUUUGUCAGGCAAGAAGAUGAAGGACUACCGAACGUCCUACAUUGAGGUUCUGAACCUCAAGUUCGACAUGAAGCAGUAUUGCCUUUACACGUGGCUUCCCACCCUGGGCCUGAAGGUCGAGCAGGUCCAUAAAUUGCAGGAGGUGUUUGAGGACUUCGGGAGCGUGCGGGCCAAGAUGUCUGCCUACCCUGGAGAAGUUGCGGACACCACGUGGCUUGUGGUUUGGCGGUCCGAGGGCCUGAACAAAAUUGCCGACAUCCUGGAGGACUUCAUCUACACCGUGAACUGGGACAUGCGCUACAAAGAUGCAGUUCGGUCGAAACAUAAGAUUAACGAGUUCCUUGAGUACGACUCUGUCCAAGAGAAGCUCAACGAGAUCAAAGUGGAGCUGGCAAAGGAGAUGAGCGUCGCCAUCGACUGCGCCCAGGGCAGCGCCGGGGGGGGCACGGCUGCUUCGGCCACCGCCACAGAGACCGCAAAACCAGAGGCGGCUCCUUCAGGCUUCGAGAGCUUGCCCGAGUCCGAGCAAGAGCAGUGGGUCAAGUACGCGAACAAGCUGUUAAGCACGUGCGUCGAACUGAUCCCUGAACCUAAGACGGGCGCCGAGCUGGAGAACGCCCUCAAGGACUCCAAGCUGAACGAGAUUCGGGGCGACCCGGUGGGCCUCGUCCUGUACUACUUCGACGUCAAGGGGCACGGUGAAAGCGAGCAUAGGCCCGAGCUUCGCAUUCCGUCGCUGCGGGAGCCUAUCUACACGAAGAUCGUCCGCGCCGUGCUCAAGGCCCGUGCGCCGCCAGGCGGACUGGGGCACAUUCGAAACGGCGAGGUUGCGAUCAUCAUGGAUGGCGGUCGGAAAGGUAACAGCAACAAGCUCAUAGCACCAUGGAAGGAGAAUACGUCCAAGGAGCAGCAGAAGAAGAAGAAGGAGGACGACGACGAGGACGAAGACGAAGAAGAGGAUGACCAGGAUGACGAGAAGGGGAGCGUCACCAGUUCCAUCUUGCAGCUCGUGUACACAGAGGAGAGCCUCAAGGAACGGCGCCUUCGCAACAAGAGCUCGACAGGCUCCGUCCGCCAAACGGAGUGGGCGCACAUGGUUUCGUCAAGCAAGAUCUGCCUCCCUGAGCGUGCUCGCAAACACUUCCCAGGGACGACGGCGGGCGACACCAUCGUCGGGAUCACCAAGCCUGACUACAGCAGGGAGUGGCAGAUCUCAUGGAAAGUCAAGAAGGAGCUGCUGGGCAAGCGCAACAUCAUUCGCGUGGGUGGCAAGGCCAAGGGGGCCGACGACGGGGAGGGCACUGACAAGGCAGCAACUGCCAAAUCAAUUAGCUGCAUUGGCACCGCCAUGUUGGGCUACGUGGGCAUUGCCUUCAACGAGUUCCAUGCCGAUGAGCUUUUGAAGAAGCUGAGGGCCGAGCUCAUGGACGACAUGAAGAACCCCGAGAGCAAGAUGUACGUCCCCGCCUACGCGAAGGCCAUGGGGUGUGAGGCCGCGGCCAAGCCACCACCGCCGACGGAUACGAAGGCCAAGAAGCGAGCCAAGGGAAAGCCGAAAGCGAAGCCGGCUGUGAAGCCGCUGGAGGAGGAGGAGCCGGCGGAGCCGGACGGGGAAGAUGUGCCGCGUAAGGAGCUGGAUGCCAUCCAGCUGCAUGUGCCGCUCAAGGCCGCCCUUGAGUGGCACAGUGCAGCGUUCCAGAUCUGGCCAUUGGUCCUAUCUCCCAAUGUCAGGCUGCCGACGGAAUUCAAGGUCGGCACCGAGCGGCGCAAGGAGCUGGAUGGGCACAUCCAGCUCCUUACGCCGCUCGGUGCCGACCUUGAAUCCGAGCGGCUGGCCAGAAUCAAGGACGACACCGAGUGGCGUAAGGAGCUGGAUACGCACCUCCGGGGCCUUACGCCACUCGGUGCCGACCUUGAAUCCGAGCGGCUGGCCAGAAUCAAGGACGGCACCGAGUGGCGUAAGGAGCUGGAUGGGCACCUCCGGGCCUUGCGCCACUCGGUGCCGACCUUGAAUCCGAGCCGCUGGAUCAAGGGCGGCACCGAGUGGCGUAAGGAGCUGGAUGUAUCCGAGUGGCGUAAGGCCCCGGAGGUGCCCAUCCAGCUCCUUACGUGCCUGAAGAAGAUCAAGUUCGGGUCUGAUUUCUCUGGCAUGGAUGGCGCCGCGAUCGCCAUGUUACGAUUGAACAUCGAUUUCUCGGUGCUGUUUGUUUCGGACACCCACAAGAAGUGCCACAAGCUGCUGGAGCGGCACGAGCCGAAGCACAUCUACACUGACAUUAUGGACGUGCCCAUCAAUGAUAAGCCGUACGUGGACGUCUACGUCUUCACGCCACCAUGCCAAGAUUUUUCAGCUAAUGGCAAACAGUCUGGCGCCGAUGGCCCCCACCAGACGGGGAAACUCAUGGGCAAGGCCCUCCGUUACAUUCGCGAGAAGAAGCCGCGGCUCGUCCUGUUCGAGAAUGUGUUUGCCCUGACACAUGUAAAAUUCCGCCCGGUGUUCCGGGGGCUCAUCAAGCACAUCCGUGAAAGCGGGUGCGCGGUGUAUGACAAGGUGAUCAAUGCCAAUACUUGCGGCCUCCCGCAAGACCGUCGGCGCCUGAUCAUUGUUGCAAUCCGCAACGACUCCAUCAAAUGUAAAUUCCAGUGGCCCGAGGCCCACAAGGCCGUCUCACUGAAAACCAUCAUGGACUCCAAGACCCAGCAGGACGUGCCCGGUCGCCUGCCCAAGAACGCGAUGGGCAAGAAACGCUGCGCCAAGGCCUACUCGGAGUGCCACCAGAACGGCAUCGAUCCACGGACCACCCCUGUCGCGGUGGACAUCGACGCAGGGGAGAAGUUUCAGGUUUACGGGGUGGACGAAUGCAAGACGAUCACCCGGGUGCGCGGCGGGUGCGGCGGACCGUGGAUCAGCACGUACGGACGCCGCUUCACCACGCGAGAGCUCUUGAAGGCACCGCUGCUACGGGUCGGCAUGAUGGUUGGCAACUCUCUGUCCCCGAACAUGGCUGGCUGCGUGCUGCAGGAGGCGCUUUGGAGCGCUGGUCUCACGAAGGAGAAGCAUGAGGCUUCAAGUGCACAUAAGUCUGCGACUGCCGAGUAUCUGUCGAAGCCCGCUCUAGAAACCAACGAGUUCCAGGAUAUUGCCAAAAGAGUGGCCGAGGGAGAAUCGUUCGCGAAGUUAGGCAAGCCUGGCCGAAAAAUUGCGUGGUGCCUGCUGGAAGCUAUCAAAGAGCAGAAUCGCGCGGCGAUUAAAGGUGCUAAAUACAUCGCUCUGAUGCGGGAUGAGCGCGCAGGGCGCUUGCACAUCAGAUUCAAGGCUGUGAGCGCCUCUUUACAUAUUCAUUCUGGCACUCUAGGCAUGGAGAAGGAUUUUGGCACUGGCGCGAGUGCCAUCUGUGCGGCGACUGAUCGCAUCAUGCGCUGGAUUUGCACGGCCUUCCACCAGCCUCAGAUUGUCGAGCAGGCGUGGGACCUCACCAAGCUAAACACUUCCCUGUACGAUCAUUUGCGACGCUCUAUUUUGUGCGUUGCGAUCGAUUCCGCUGGAGACGAGGUGCUGGGUGCAGAAAUGAUGAGCGACCAAGCCCUGGCCCUCACACGCCUGAUGGACCAGGAGGGAGUUGACCCUGCCAUCAUCAACAGGGAGAUCAAUUCCUUCAAUAAUGCUAUCACGGCGCUUUUUCAUGGCAAUCAAUGCCUCUCGGUUUUCGGAUAUACAAAAGUGAUGCUGGGACUGCUACGGGAGCCCGUCAUCUGGAACGUCGGUGGCGUCAUGUACUCCAUUGGCAGCGAGGACGGGGUCGCGGAGGAGGUGGUCGAGAAAUGUAUUGGCAGAAUGCGUUCGUGGAUCAUUCUGGCGCGAGCUGCAUUGGACUCUGAAUUCCCAAGCUGGGAGAUCGGACAGGCACCGGGUUGA